AUGCACUCCACUGAUGUGGCUUUCAGAAAUGAGCCUGGCGGAAGAGGCAGCCAGAAUUCUCGCCCACCAGCCAAUGUCCGUCGGCACAUGUGCAGCUUUGAAAACCCCCACACUGCAGUGAAUGUUUCUAAUGGCAAGUCUGUGUCAUGGUCUGAACCAGGUGGAAGACAGGUGCCCAAGGGCCAGCACGUGUGGCACCGCCUGUCUGUGCACGUGAAGACCAAUGAGACGGCCUGCAACCAAACAGCCGUCAUCAAGCCCCUCACUAAAAGUUACCAGGGCUCCGGUAAGAGCCUGACCUUUUCAGAUACCAGCACCAAGACCCUUUACAACGUGGAUGAGGAGGAUGCCCAGCCUGUUGGCUUCAGCCCUCCCAGCAGUCCUUCUAUGGUGGUGCCCCGACGCGUGCCACCCGCGGUGAGCACCCCGCCUCUGCCGCCCCACUUGACCACAGAGGAGACCCCCCUCUUCCUGGCAGAACCGGCCAUCCCCAAGGGCUUGCCCCCUCCCCUCCAGCAGCCACCGCAACCGCAGAAAUCCCUGAUGGACCAGCUACAGGGAGUGGUCAACAAUUUCAGCACCGGGAUCCCAGAUUUCAAUGCGGUGCUCGCAGUCCCCGGGGGCCCGGGGAACGGGGUGCGCUCGCUGUUCCCGCCCCCGGUGCCUCCGCAGCACCUGCAAAUGCUCCCGCUGCAGCUGAGCACCUUCCGGGAGGAGCCCGCCUCCCCGCCAGCAGAAGAUGAGGACGAGGACGACAGCGAGAGGUUCAAGCUCCUCCAAGAGUACUUGUAUGAGCGGGAAGGGAACACGGAGGAAGAUGAACUGGAAGAGGAAGACGAGGACCUGCAGGCGGCCAGCAAACCGGCCCCCGAGGAUUCGCCUGCUCUGACGCCUCCGUCGCCUUUCCGCGACUCGGUGGCCUCGGGCAGCUCGGUGCCCAGCUCCCCCGUGUCCGAGUCGGUGCUCUGCACCCCUCCCAACGUGACCUACGCCUCGGUCAUCCUGAGGGACUAUAAGCAAAGCUCUUCCACCCUGUAGGAAGGAGGUGUCCACAUGGAAAAGCAAGAGAAACCAUGAGCACCAGCACCUCCGGAGAUGUGCGGACAGCUGGGAGGAGGAGAUUCGGGAGAGGAGGGUGAAGUCAGAGGGAAAGGGAGACGAAGCUGCUGCCUUAGGGAAGGCCAGAGGGAACUGUGCUCUGCAAUCAAAAAAGGAGCCCGGCGAGGAUCCCGAUUCUUGAAUUAUUCAAAAGCUUUCUCUGGGAAGAAAGGGAAUUCUGACAAAGCACAAUCCCAUAUAGUGUACAACUUUCACCGCAUAAAUAAAUAAAUACAUACAUACGUACAUAAAUAAAUAAAUCAACAGAAAUAAUCUCCUCUUUUGGACAAUUGUGCAUAGAUAUACGUGCCCACACACACUUGGCCAGUUUGAAAAGAGACAGCACAUGUGGACCAGCCAGGUGGAUCAUUAGUUGACAUCAUGGUAUUCAUGGUAGUCAUAGUGAGCGUGAUGGAGCCAGGCAGACCGGGUGGGUGAAGGAGGGGCAGGCAUGGAACCACCCAUGGCAUGGCAGCUCAUUUUUCUCUACCCUGUCUCCUUACUGGUGUUCAGGAGCCUCGGAAACUGGCCCAGACAGGGGCCUCUCUUCACCCAUUGCACCUGAUGCAGAGCCAGCCUUGUCACAUUUGGAAAAAAGUGUAUGGACACCCUGCUGCUCUGUGAUUUCUCUCUACUUAGGAAAACAGGAAUCAGAGCAAAAGCAUCACCAAAAAGUGCUUCAUCAGGAGUGCUAAGGGAGGAUGGAGUGAGAAGCAAGACAGUACGUAAGCAUGAGGUGGUGAACACAAUCAGCACAGAUAACGUCUCAUAGUUGAUACUCACUUAUUGGUGAUUUUGGAAAAAAACGCUGGAACAAGAGAUUGUUUUGAGAAUGGCAGAAGAUGUUUUGUGGAUUAUCUUGUGUUUGUGCCAAGGGGGGCUCUUCUCUGCCCUUCAAUUAAAGAGAACAAACCAUGUGGCAAAAUUGUUACCUUACAUUUACUGUAGCAAAUAUUAUUACCAGUUGAACUCCUAUGAUGCAGUAUGUGUAUUUGGUGCAUUGUUUCUCCUACAUACUACAGAAACUACAGAAACAAAUCCAUCCUCGAACUUAAUGGUGUACUCACAGCAACUAUUACUGGUUCAAUGACAAAUAAUUCUUUCCUUCUGUCAUCCAAGUCCCUGUAACUAGUACGUAAAUGUGUUCCUGUGUCCUUGUAUAUGUGUGAUAAUAAAAUUUGUGCAAUGUAACGUCAGCGGAACUUCGACUGGAAGGUUGUCUUUCCAAUAGAGUAUAGAUAUUUUUAUGUUCUAAUAAUGUUUUAUAUAUUUUCACCAAUAUUUACAGGAGCUCUUUGAAGGUUUGAGUGCUGUGAUCGAGUGGUUUUCAUACGCUGCUCAGAUGGUCCUUCCUCUUCUAAGAGGGAACUUAUUUUUCAGAUAUUUUAUGAUGUGGAACACAUUAUUAAUGAAGUGGCUUGCAAAUUUGUCACAUUAAAAAUUCAUAAAAACCUGUGCGUAACAAUAAAGAGGUACAUUUUAUAAAUUUUCACACAUCAUUAUUAAAACAUGACAUUGAAAUGACAGUAUUGAGAUUACUUCAGGUCACUUUAGAUUUUUUUUAAAAAAGAUUUUCCACAGCUACUUGAGCUUUCAGUGACUGAAGCAUAUACUAACCUCUAUGUCUGGUCAUAAUUUUUCAAGUUAUCUAUUCAUCACCUCUUACUUUCUUUUAUUUGAUAUUUCCAUGUACUUUGAUUCGUCUGUUUUCACUGUCAUCACUUUUCUUUAUAUUUUUGUCAUUUGCUGUGUGUAAUAUCCACAUACGUGUAAUCCAGUUUCAUUUUUAUCCUCCUGUUUACACCCAAUAAAAGCAAUUUUUCUUGCUGUUUUGAUUUCUUCUAUUAUUUGUGGAAUGAAGCUUACCCCUUUAAAUAUCUGUUUAUGCCUUAUGUGCAGUCAUAUUUUAAUAUGCUUCCUUCAUGUGGAAGCUAAUUUCUCAGCCAAAAAUCAUCUUAGAAUCUUUAAAUACCCACCGCAUCAUUUGUUCAGAAUUUAACAUCAGCUCCGAUAUUUGAGGCUCAUGUUUCUUAUGUCUUCCCAUAUUCCACUGCCAAGUUUAGUCAGUUCCAUAUCAAGAAUGGACUGCCUUUCCUUUAAAAAUUUAUUUGUAACACCUUUGGUAGAAAGACCUCAUGACUGAAACAAGAAUUUCAGUUCCAUGUUUCACGGUAAUGAAGCAGAAUGAGGAGCCUGGAUGGUUCCAGUGCUUAAUAGGUGGUCUGCUUAUUGGCAAACAAGCAAGUAAAAGCCUACUAUCUAUUAUUCGUGGAACAUGUUUUCUUAUCUUAAUGCCACUAACAUAUGUCCUUGAUAUCACAGGACUUGUGCAUUCAGAUUUUUUUUUUUAAGUAAGAAUAGAUCAGGAAAACUGCUCUACUAUUCAAAUAAUGUCAGUUUGUUCUGAGGUUUUAGUCUGAGACAUUUGGUGAACACAUUCAACACCAAUUACAUUAUUUCUCUGAAUGCCUAAUGUCAUGAUUAAAAGUUUUCUUGAAUACAAUACAGUAUUAGCUCUUAUAGCAUAAUUGUUCAAAAUUGGAAAUGUACACACACAUACCCUAUACCAAAAGGACAGAUAUCUUCACCUUAAUGUAUGUGCUUAUACAAGUUGUUUAGCUUCUUGUAAAAGUGUUUUCCUUUGGCUCGUUACUGCCUUUUGUCAGAUAAUCUUGAUAAUGCUGUAUAAUAAAUAUUUUCUAUUU